CUUCCUUUUAUGGCACUAAUUUCCGGGUUUUAAUCCUUUGGUUAUCUUAGUAACUUUACCAACUCUAGAUAUUGACUUUCUUCUUUUCGAUUUACUUUUAAAUAAUUUGAAGCUUGGUUGCUGUAAUAUAAGAGCUGAAUUAAAUAAUGGCCUACCAAAAUGCUGAUCGAGACUACAAUGCUAUGAGAAUGCAAAAAGGACCCCCUGGAGCUGGUCCCAAACCUUAUACACAAGCUCCUCAGCCAUACAGACCAGUUGCACCAGGCUAUCGCGCUGUUAACAUUGAGCAUUAUUCUAAUGAGCAAGUGGUUUACCCACCUCCACCUCCCAUCGAAAAAAACUAUGGCUAUGGCCAAGAUGAUGACUUUCCACCCCCACCUCCUCCUGCUCCCCCACAAGCCUACGCUGAGGAUGAAAGCCACACCUACAGUAAUGUCUACAGUGGGGAGGCUCGUUAUAUGAGAGCAGAGGACUACAGACCUCAAGAUUACAACUCACCCAGAACAACCAGUAAAACUUCUUCUGGUACAAAAGUCACUUCCUAUGCUGGAUCUACAAGUUACCCCCCUGAAUCAAACUACGCCAACAUACAAAUAAACAUUGCUCCGCCAACUCCUACCAACAAAGACUUUGGCUACAGUGAUGUUAAAUAUGAACAAAUAUCUUCACGGAGCACUAGUUCUUCUGAUACUUACAGAGUUGGGGGUGGACAGGUUGCCAGGUCUAUGGUGGGCGAGAGACCUGUACCUGGUCCUAUGGUACCACCUGGAGGCCAGAGUGCUUCACCAGGACCACAAGCACAAAAUAAACUAGAGAAAGAGGCAGAGGUUGAUGCUUUGACUGACCUACUAAUGAAGAACAUGACCUCUAUUGCUGAAGACAAAGAUUAUUGGGGAAUGUGUGGUCGCUGUGGUAAUUCAGUUUCAGGCAGUACAAAUGCUUGUUCCGCAUUGGACAAUGUGUACCAUAUUGGGUGUUUUACUUGCAUUGGUUGCAAUGCACCACUUCAAGGAAAAUCUUUUUUUGCCAUGGAAACUAAACCUUAUUGCGAAGGAUGUUACAUUAAUACACUAGAGAGAUGUUCUGUGUGUUCCAAACCAAUCACAGACAGACUUCUAAGAGCGACAGGCAAGCCAUACCACCCUGACUGCUUCACUUGUGUCGUCUGUGGAAAGUCUCUGGAUGGAAUCCCCUUCACGGUUGACGCUACUAACCAGAUCCACUGCAUUGAGGAUUUCCACAAGAAAUUUGCUCCUCGUUGCUGUGUUUGCCAGCGUCCAAUAAUGCCAGAUGCUGGCCAGGAUGAGACAGUCAGGAUAGUGGCCAUGGAUAAAUCUUUCCAUGUUGGUUGCUACAGAUGUGAGGACUGUAAUUGCCAACUAAGCUCAGAAGCUGAGGGACGUGGAUGCUAUCCAUUAGAUGACCACAUCCUCUGUAAGAACUGCAACGCCAAGAGAAUCCAAGCACUAACCACUAAAAUGGCUACAGAGCUGUAGAAGCUAACUAAUUACAAGUUUUAGGGAAUGUUGCUUGUUUUUCAGCUGGUAAAGAAAUCUGUAUUAAAUUUAUUAGCAGUAUUUUAAAAACUUACAGGCUUUUUGAAAUCGAAGUUUAAACAACGAAGGACUGCAUACUCAGGGUGGAGAUAAGUAGGAAAGGUCUGGUGUUUUUGAUUAAUGAAGUUGGAUUUUUUUUUUCAUGAAUUAAGUUUUUUGUAAGGAAUAACCUGUAAACCUUUAAUUUUGAGCCUGUUUUUUUUUUUUUAAUGGGAAUUUCUGUAGUUCAUUUGUUUUUUACAUUCUUUAUGUCAUCUGUUUAGUCAUUUGAUAUAGCUUUAGAGUAACACUAUUGCUAAAUCUCUGUUUAAAUAUCUCUAUGAACUUAUUUUGUAUUCAUUACUUGCCAGUGUUCAUGAUGCUAUAGGCUGUAGUUCAAAUCUUGUGUAUUACAAAUUAGCUUGACACAAACACGUAUUUAUUCUUGCUGGUGAUACAUUGCUUUGGUUCAUUGUGGGUAGGUGUUAUCACUCAUUUCAUGUUAUUCGGCCACUAGUUUAAAACUAUUUUGGCUAAGAUUUAAAUAGAUUAUUUUUUUAGCCAUUUACAUUCUAUUCUCACUUUAACCGGUCAUUAAUUUGUGAGUCUUGUCUGUCACUAUUUGGAAAAGUCAGAGGAGUAUUUAAUAAAUUAUUAGGCAUAUCUUUCUAGAACCUGUUUAUAGUAAGUCUUGCAGCCGUGAUCUCUUCUGAUUCUUUAAAUUAUAUACAUUCUGUCAUUUUGCAAUUUUAAAAAAUUCUGUAGUAGAAUAUAAAGAAUCUCAUGUGUUCACCAAAGUGAUAUGUAAAAAGUCAUAUACAAGGUUCAUCAUUGUUUUUGUGAUAUGUACCAUAUUAGUUCAAUAUAAAUGACUUUGCUCUGAUACAGCAGUAGACACUGUCAACAUAUACACCAUUUAACAUCAUGAUAUUAUUUCUCAAAAAUAUUGUUACAUUUUGACCAAGUAUGGUGUUUCUAUUUUCAUGUCUUUAUGUACUGUAUUCACAUCGGAGUGAAGUUUUCAAAGUGGAAAUUGUUUAUUUGUACAAAAUGAUGUGGUAUUGUAAGCAUUAUAAAAAAUGUAAGUUACUAGUCUUCUUAAUUUUUUUGUGUCAAAAAAGCAGUUACUAUUGUUUUUCAUUUGCCUUAGAAUUUUAAAGUGUGGCUUUGUUUCUAUUGAAGAAGUGCUAUUCACUUAUCAGCAUUGUAUAAGUACUAACUUACAAGUGUAUGAUGUAUAGAAAUGUUCAUUCAUGUAUAAUUUUAAAAACCUGUAACAGCACAAAAACAUCCAAAUUUGUUACUGAUUGUGCUUCACAUUAUUUUUAAUAUUUUUAUUAUUUCUGUAUCAAACUAAAUACAUUAGUUUAAUCUCACUAUCAUUACAAUAUAAAGAGACACUAUGCUAACAUAUAAGGAAACAUGCUUAUUUGUACCAUCUAGAAUUUAAUAAUGGAUUUAUAAGGAAACAUGCUUCUAGAAUUUAAUACUGGCUUUAGAUUUGUAUAAAUCAGAUUCAUAUCAGUUUAGUCUGUUUAGGCAGAAUUUUUACAUAAUUGUCUGUGUUUGUUUUGAAUUGCAUUUGCUUUUAUACAUCUGGUUUUGACUUAGAUCCAUCCAUUUUUUCUUCUAUACUUUAUUAGAACUGUAUGCAUAAUGCUUUGUUAUAUUCUUACUGUUUUGUAAUAGAUUUAAAUGGUAAUUGGUUUGUUAUCAUGAUCUUGUCAUUUAUUGAGUUUUGUGCCAGUAAUUGUAACAUUUUUAUUCAUGUAUUUUUUCUUCUUGUCUUUUUAGAAAUGUAUCAGAAUAAUAAUUUUUGUAAUUGACCAAAGAAAAAAGUUCUAGUCCAUUAUGCCGCCGACAACACUAUGAUUCAUCAUUUACGGCACAAAUUAUAACUGGUUAAAAAUAAAUGGAAGUGAUUUGAUCUAAUCUUUUAUUCAAGUAUAUUAAAGGGCUAAUUAACAUUGCAGGCAGUUUUUAUGCAUAUAAAUAUAACAUUUCUUGAGCAUUAAUUUAAAUUUUAUUACUUCAUAUCAUAUCAUAACCAUUGCCAUUUAGCCUUUGCUUGCUAAAUAGUGUAUGUUGUUAAAAUAAUGUUUUCUUGAGUAUGCUAGAUGUUGAAAAAAAAAGUGUUUUACAAAUGUGCUUCCACUAUAUUGUAGCAUAUCUAUUCAAACUCCCAACUUACAUUUACAAUCACAGGAUGGUUUAUAGUGUGAUUCUUCAGUUCUUUAAACUAAUCAAAGCCAAGACUUGCCUAGACUAUUUUUAUUGACCAUUUUAUUAGCCGGUGCUAAGCUCUAAAAUGUAAAAUAGUGCUAAUCAUGGUUCUACAAAAGGGUGGCUGGACAAAUAAUUUGAUAAAUGGGGACCAAAUAAUGGGUGUUAACAUUACUAUCCCAUCUGUGUGUGGUAUAUAAUUUUCAAACAAAAUAUUACCCAUUACGUUUGUUAGUACUGCAGAUAUUCAAAGGUCCACCAAAAUGCAUUAUAUGUAUCAUAUGUGUAGACAACCAACUUGCAAUUACUCAAGCAUAAUGCAACUCUUAUUCUUGCCAGUAGACCUUAAGGGUAGGGGCUGUCCAAUAGUACUUUCUUCCCUUGUUUAUAUGAAAUAUGCCAACAUUUUUUUUUUACAAAAACAUGUUAUUAAUAUUAUACAGCCAGUGAUAAUUGCUAAAAAAAUGUUUGUUAUGCAUUUAGUACUUAAAAUUUGCUAGUUUCCUGAACAUCCUUUUCUUUUUUUUUGCUUAAAAAAAGCUGCCUGGCCAAAAUGUUUUAGUUUAUUUUAUCCUUGCAAAUUGUAACAACUCAUUCCACAAACAGUGCAAUGCUUUUUUUUGUCAUUUAUUUAUUAGUCAAUUAACUUUAUUAUGCUUUUGCCUUUACUUCUUUAGAUAUCUUUACUUAUAUAUUGCAGUUAAACUUUUGUCUUUUUUAAAGAUGGCAUCUUCUUAGUUGUGCUCCAAAAUACUUAAAGCUCUAUUUGAAAUGAUUUUAAAGAAUCACAGAUAAUGAAAUACAUCAUUUCAAAACAAUUGAAAUGUUUAAUAUUAGUUAAGCAAUAUUUGGAACAAUGCUUUCCUUUGUUUAAUAUGGUAAGAAAAACAUUAUUUACUACCAGGUAGUUGGAAUCACUGGGUAUGUGCGUUGAUUUAAAGUUGCAUCUAGGAACCAUUUUUCAAAUAUUAUAAAUAAAACUUUAUCCUUCACUACUUCCCUCCCCCAAUCACAUAAGUCAGAUUUCUCCCUUCCCUGAUACCAAUAUUUAAAAAAAAAUUAGCAGUUUCCAAAAUCUAAUAUAUUAGGUAUACUUAUGGCCCUAAUGUGUUCAAUUAUAUUUUAAGUUAAGAAAUGGUGGUGGCCUUGGAUUUCUAUUUUCUAUUUAUUAACUGUUUAAAUACUUUAUAUAGAAUUUGAAUUUUGUUUAUGGUUACCUGAAGACCAUUCUUUAGUUUCAACCAUGGUAAUCAUAUCAUACUACUAAACGCCAACCUAGAAGAUGCCAGUUACAGCUUGUUUUUAUUGUCUAGUAUUUUUCAGUAUACUGAAAUGUAAUCAUUGCUUAAUCAUAUGUAAUAUAUCUUUCAAUCUGUAGCUUAAGAAGCUAACCAGUCAUGUUAUUUAUUGUAAUAAACUUGUGUAAAUGGCAAACUGUUGAUCUCUUGUUGAAGUUAAUCAUUAACAAGUAGUGCUCAUUACACGUGUAGUGGUCCCAUCAUUCCUUUCUUCAGUGUCUCUGGUUGUUACAACUUAAGGCAAAAACUACAAAAAGAAAAAACCCAAGUGGCUAU